GAAAUACCUGGACAGAUGCACAAAGAUGCUGGUCGUCUGAUGAUAAGGAAAUUAGUUGCAGAGAAAUUGAAUAUCCCUUGGAAUAAUAUUCGUUUGCAAAGAACUGCAAAGGGAAAACCAGUUCUUGCAAAAGACUCCUUGAAUCCCUACCCCAAUUUCAACUUUAAUGUCUCUCAUCAAGGGGACUAUGCCGUGCUUGCUGCUGAACCUGAGCUACAAGUUGGAAUUGAUGUAAUGAAGACUAGUUUUCCAGGUCGUGGUUCAAUUCCAGAAUUCUUUCAUAUUAUGAAAAGAAAGUUCACCAACAAAGAAUGGGAAACAAUCAGAAGCUUUAAGGAUGAAUGGACUCAACUGGACAUGUUUUACAGGAAUUGGGCACUGAAAGAAAGCUUCAUAAAAGCCAUUGGUGUUGGAUUAGGCUUUGAAUUGCAACGGCUUGAAUUCGAUAUAUCCCCAUUAAAUCUGGAUAUUGGCCAAGUUUAUAAGGAAACACGUUUGUUCCUGGAUGGGGAAGAAGAAAAAGAAUGGGCAUUUGAAGAAAGCAAAAUUGACGAGCACCAUUUUGUUGCAGUGGCUCUUAGGAAACCAGAUGGAUCUAGGCAUCAGGUUCCAUCUGAAGACGAUUCUAAACCAACCCAGAGGCAGUUUACUAUUCUCACCUUUAAUGAUUUAAUAUCAUCUGCUGUUCCUAUGACCCCUGAAGAUCCUUCAUUUUGGGACUGUUUUUGCUUCACAGAAGAAAUUCCAAUACGAAAUGGUACAAAGUCAUGAUAGGAUUCCCUGAGUAACAAAGGAAAAUGAAAACUGUUUGUAAUCUUCUGUAUUCACAAAAUAAAUGCCUGAUAGUAUCAAAUUUUAUUUCAAAAACCAGUUUUCAAAAAACAAACAACUUUUCCUAUUAGAAACAGCAGGCUGUCGGUUGAGGAUAGCUCACUAGAAUAUGUGUCCCUCUUCUUUCCCCCAGUUGCACUGGAUUGACACAAGGAGUAGAAAAGGUAGCGGGAUCCUAAAAGUGAUAAGUGCUUGUUGUAGAAAAGAGUAGAAAAUGCAGAUAUGCAAAGAGGAAACAUUUAAAUUCUUUUCAGCGAUCAUGAUUCCUAAAACCCGAAGUAUCUUUCUAGACCUUCUUGUAGGCAAAUGAAUCCAUAUUAGUACACCUUUUUUUUAUGGAACCGUAGCGUUGUGUAAUGUUUUUGUUGUCCUAAGUGCACAUCUCCUGGUCACCAUCGUGCGUUUGUGGUCCGACAGGUUUCUGCUGUGUGCUUAGAACCGGGAUGCUUUAGACCAGACGGUGCCCAACCGUAACGAACCUCAGUUGCCUGGCCUCACAUACACCGCCCAGGGGCCCUUGAGGACACUUGGUUUGCCUGAGCCUCAGUUUACUGGUUUUGCCUUCAGCUUCUCUCCCUCGUACACGAGCUGCUCUUGUAACUUCAGCUCACGUUCGUAGAAUUGUACCUAACAGGCUGCAAAGGCCAUUUCUCCUCUCACAUCUCAUUUCUGUCCGUGAAGAGGACCUGCCCAGAUCCCCGCUUUUCCCCUCAGUUCCUGUUGACUCAGAUCCCUGAGUCUGCGGGAAGUGGACUCUGGGUAAGGACAGGCCGAGGCGCGGUUGGGGGUGCAGCCUCGGGGGGGGGGCAUCCACCGCGCUGCCUGAGGCCCAAGCGAGGUGCACCGCGGUGCUCGACUGCCCACCCGGCCGGGCUUGGGAUUGUCUGUGGCUUUCAUGCAUCGUAACCACGUUGUGAGUACAUGCCUGCUUAGGUCCUUACCACAAAUUCUACGAGCGGCUCACAGGGCUUGAGCGUUCUUACGGCUGUGAUGAGUAUUGCCAGGCGGCUCCCGAGAGGCCCCGUAAUUCACGCUUCCAGUUAGUGUUAGGUGUGACCAGCCCUUCGCCCCACCUGCGUUCUCCCUGCUCAACUGUACAUAUGAGCCCUUUUUUUAAUUUAAUCUUUGCCUUAUUUUUUAAAUUUGUAUCUCUUUAAUUACAAAUGAGAUUGAUACAUCGGUGUUGUUUUUGGCUGUUUUUAUUCCUUAUGAACCACUUGUUAAUUGUGUUUGCCUGUUUUAAUUUAGCAAAUAGGACUUAAAGUGGGAACAUAUUAUAUAAGAUGCCAAGACCAUCCUAUCGAUGACAGAAUCUCUUCUAUGGCUGUAGUGCAUGUCUUGGGGAGUUAAAGUCUUGUUAUUGUUAAAUAUCAAGAAGUGAAAUAAUUUCAUUGUUUUUGUUACUAAAAUUAAAAAUUGUGUGUAAAUUGUAUAAAAUUAGAUACUUUGCUUAGUAAAAAAAAUUGGAAUGUUUUGUAAUUUUUUAAUUUUAUUAAGCAUGCCCAAAUAUCCCAAGCAUAGUAAAUAAUGUGUUUUUAAAAGAUCAAGUAGCAUCCGAAAUAGGAAACGUUGUUAUCCCUAGCAUGAAUGUGAUGGUGAAAUGGAAACCUGUCAUCUGUCUUGUCAUGAUAAUAAAGCAGUUAACGUCCGUGAAUUUUUAUGAGCUAG